UUUUAUUUCUUUUGAUAGUGUUAUAUAAAGGUGCUAUUAGCUAAUAAUUAAAUAUAUUAAAACUAUAUUAUUCAGUGAGGAUGAUAACCACCACAAUAAUAAAAGGCGACAUAAAGAUGCAUUGUUAAGAAUUUUAGAACUGCUUUCCACUAACAGCCCUGUCAGGAUAGGAUGAUGAAAUUAGAAUGAAGAGCUCCAUUGAGGAAUAUAGCCUGCUAAUGGAAGGGCCAGAAUGAAAGCCUGGCUCUUCACUGCAAGCCCAAUGCCCCUGCUCGUGCCCCUAUUAUCUGUCUACUCAGUGGGGCUCACUAAAUGUUGGGUGAAAGGCUUUGAACAGAUGUGAAAAAAUGUUGACGACAGAAAAAGGAGUUGUGGAGGAAUGGUUGUCAGAAUUCAAGACACUACCAGAAACAUCUAUAUCAGAGUAUGCCAGAAAUUUGAAAGAUAAGAGUACUUUGGUUUCAUCUUUAUAUAAAGUUAUCCAGGAGCCACAAAGUGAGUUACUCGAACCCGUGUGUCACCAGCUCUUUGAGUUCUACAGAAGUGGGGAGAAGAAGCUCCUCCUCUUCACUCUGCAGUUUCUCCCGGAGCUGAUGUGGUGCUACCUGACCAUGUCCACUGCCUGGAAGCGGCAGAGCACGGGCUGUGUCGAAGCUCUCCUUUUAGGCGUUUACAACUUGGAAAUAGUUGACAAACAGGGACAUAAUAAAGUGUUGAGUUUUACAAUCCCAUCUUUAUCUAAGCCAUCAAUAUAUCAUGAACCUUCCAGCAUUGGUUCCAUGGCUCUGACAGAGAGUGCUUUAAGCCAGCAUGGUUUAUCAAAAGUUGUUUACAGUGGACCUCAUCCUCAAAGAGAGAUGUUAACAGCUCAGAAUAAGUUUGAAGUGUUGACAUUCCUUUUAUUGUGUUACAAUGCUGCCUUAACCUAUAUGCCCAGUGUUUCUCUUCAAUCGCUGUGUCAAAUUUGUUCAAGAAUUUGCAUUUGUGGAUACCCUCGACAACAUGUAAGAAAAUACAAAGGUAUAAACAGCAGGAUUCCAGUUUCUUCAGAAUUCAUGGUGCAACUGUUAACAGGAGUUUAUUUUGCCUUUUAUAAUGGAGAAUGGGAUAUGGCUCAGACGGCCCUGGAAGAUGUCCUGUACAGAGCCCAGUUGGAGUUGUAUCCUGAACCACUGCUGGUUGCUAAUGCAAUAAAGACUUCGUUGCCUGCAGUUGCCAUGAAAUCUAGUAAGGAGGGUAAAAGAAGCAUUCAGGUUGAAAUUACCCAGACUUCAUCGAGAAUAUCCAGAAAUGCCGUAACCAGCAUGUCAAUAAGAGGGCAUAGAUGGAAAAGACAUGGUAAUACAGAUUUAACAGGCCAAGAGGAGCUAAUGGAAAUAUCUGAAGUAGAUGAAGGAUUUUAUUCCAGGGCUGCAUCUAGCACCAGCCAGGCUGCCUUAUCAAAUAUCACCACCACCAGCAAGACCAGUUUAGGAAAGAAUCCACGGAGGUCGGGAGGAAGCAGAACUGGAGGAAAGGAAAAGGAGGAAUCGGGCAGAGAGCACUCAGCUCGGAAACAAAACCCAAGAGCCCUGAGUGAGAACCUCGAGCUGCUGUCUCUGAAGAGGCUCACUCUGACCACCAGCCAAUCUCUGCCCAAGCCUGGCAGCCACAGCCUGGCCAGGACCGCCGCCACCGUCUUCAGCAAGUCCUUUGAACAAGUCAGUGGGGGCACUGCCCCCCACCCGGGUGCCAUGGGCAGUGGAGGGUCGGGGACAGAUGCCAAUAGGUUUUCUGCUUGCAGUCUGCAGGAGGAAAAGCUGAUUUACAUCUCGGAAAGAGCCGAGCCUCAAGCUCCACUCAAACACCCGCCCAGUCAGCCGAGACCUCCCAGCAUCAGCAUCACCCUGUCAAGUGACUAGCGUCUGGGACACGUGCCCGCCAGGCAGCGAAUUGGGUGGUUUCCUUCCCUUCUGUGUCCUUCAUCCUGUUUCUGACAAGAAGUCACAGCUGUCGAAAAUUCUGGAAGUCAGCUAGAAUGGCCAGCGGUGUCUCCUCUGCCUUGCGUUACAGCCUAGUUUAUUUAGCUUUUCCCGGACGGCUCCCCUUUCUCCCUGGCCCCCCGGCUUGAGGAAGGAAGUUGGGGAGCAGUUCUGGCGGGUUGUCUGAUGACUUUGGCCACAGCCUGACUGAGGCUGACUGUUCAUUAGUUGGAUUGUGACCUUCAUUGAGGAGGGAAGGCUUCUCCCCAUGCUUUUUACUGGUGAUGAAAAGGGGAAGCAGUAGUGAAACACCAGGAAUCCUACCUCCCUCUUAGUGCGUCUGUUGGGCAGAAGCGUCAGGCCUAGGAGCAAGCGUGGGGCUCGGGGGCCUCUGGCCUACAGGAAAGUCUCUCCCUCAGUUGGGACCAGAGUUUGAUCAGAAGCCUAGGGACUGGCUGUAUUGUUGGAGGUUGGGCCCCAGAAGGUGAAGGAAGGAUGUAGCCAUAGUGGGCACCAGCUGGAGCCCUAGAGCACCUGCCUGAGGGCCCAUUGCUUUGUUGUGUUUGCUGCUGCGGUCGAGCAGGUCAACCUUCUUUUCAUGGUUUCCUUCGUGUUGUAGUAGGCCCUGGAGCUGAAGAGGAGGACGUUUGUCCAGCUCUUCUACUUUGGAAAUUCCUGUUAGUUUGAUCCUCUAGUUAGGAAAAUGCCCUUCUGGAGAUGGCUGGAAAAUCACUGUAAAUCUCUGAAUAUCAUUCCAGCAAAAAACAAAAACAAAACAAAAAAAAACAUAAAAAAAGAAAGAAAAAAAAGAUUUUUAAAUGGCAAGAUAACUGUCCAUUUUUACUCUUGUACAGUGUGAAGUUUCUAUGCAAAUAAAGGAAUUUAGAUGUUAAAAGUUUUACAAUUGCACAGUUUCAUGAAAAGAAUAAAGAACAAAAAAAAAGUAUAAAAGAACAAGAGGUAUUUACAUGGUGACUAACUGAGCUUUAUCAUUUUCCUGCUUUGGGCCCAUAAAUUUAAAAUCACCACAUAGGGACAAGUGGUGGCUUUGUGUUUGUUCCUGCUUCAUUUUAUGGAUUGUUUAUAGUUUAAAUAGUCCUUAUAUUUAUUUGGGGAAAAUAUGACCAAAAGGAUGGGCUUCCCCCUCUAGCUUUUUACCUGCUCCUCUCUGGAGCCUCUUCUACUAAAAGUAAAAUGUCAUUUACAAAGAAAAAUAAUGAUGAUUUCAGAUAUUUCCUGUAUCAGUCUUUCUUUAGGCCUGGGUCAAAAGCAUGAGAAGAACAUGUUGUGGAAGGGGGGAGUGUCCAUUAAAGUAUUGAUUUAAUAAAGCCUAGGUCAGAAGUAAAUUUAUAAAAACCAAAGCACAAACCGGUGACUUUCAGCCCUGAAUACCAUUGAAUUGGGAAUAUUAUGGAGAUUUCUUUUCUUUAGGUUCAGGUGUUAAACUUGGGGUGAGCUCUUAGGCCUGUAGAGCAGCUAAUGAACAGAAGAGGUCCAGGGGGGGAAAGCUCCUGGGGCCAAGGAGGCAUUUGUAUCCCUCGGCAAGGAGAGCUGGGGGCUAUUACAAGUGCUUGACCAAGCACUGGGGAUUCCCUCCCUAUUCCUCCUCUGUAAGGAAAACAAAGAGUUGCAGGGCUUUUUCCAUAAUUGUCAUGGUUGUUUCCUUAAUGAUUUCAUAGCUUUAGUCUUAAUCUCAAGCAGUUUAUUACUUUGCUGGAGUCUCAUAAGGGAAAUUCAUGCAGAUUAAGGACGUUUUGGUGGUUGGUGCCCCAGGCUGCAGACUCUCAGAAAGCACUGAUAUUGAGGAGGUGCAAAUUGUAGGCCUGACAUCAUUCUCACACUGUUAUGAAGCCUUAUUUUGGUAUUGGGAAUAAUAAUGCAGAGCAGUCAGUAGGCUAAUGAUUAGAGCUCUUUCACUUUAGAAUUCUCAGUAUUUUCAUCCCAUUAUUCUCAUGCUCUAUCAUGGAAAAAUUACUUGAGAGUAAAACAUAGGAAAAUUUUAGAGUAGUUUCAUAUACGUUACAUUUGUUUGACAUUACCUUAGCAUAUAAUGAUAACAACUACAGCAGUAAAAUAACAGAUAAUAGUCCCCUAGAUCUCAUUCUUGGCAAGUUGACAUAAAACAUGACAGCUGGGCUAUGGUUAUCUUGACAUGGGGAUAUAGUUACAGGACUCUAUCUCCAGGCUACAGUAAUGGUCUCUGACAACUAGCGGAGAUACUGGUCAAGAUUCUGAUCUUGCACUCAUCACCCAGAAGGACUUAAGGACAUUUCUGGUUCCAGUCUAUAGGGGCUCCAGGAAUAUCCCUCCCACCCUGCUACUCUCCUUCCACUUCAGCUUAGAGGAUGCAUGAGAGUAUGAGAAUAAAGCAGUUCUCUCUUGAGUGGGAGAUUCAAGAGAGCAUCAUGCAGGUUCUCGGAGGUGGUAGGAAGAACAGGAUCUAUAUGCCAUCCCAGAGAAACCAGGAGCUCUCAGGCAGAAGGAAAUGAGAGUUUAAGCCAAGGCUUAAGGAAGAGGGCUGAUUCCUAGGGACCCUUCACCUUGAAAGCCUGGCUGAAGGUCCUUUUGGAGAAGGAAUAUUUUCUUUAUCCUUUUUUCAUUUGAAACUUUCAUCAGAUAGUACUCAUUCUUAAACAUUAUUUGAAAUGUUUUAAGUAAAAGGAAAUAUAUAUUUGAACCUAAGCAGUUGGAAUCCAUCCGAGUUUUAAGGGAUUACAGAUUCUUUGGAAAAUCAAAAUGAGAGCAGUAGCACUGUGGUCAGUUUUAUUAGUAAUCUGGAGCAGAAGGCGUGUUGCAGUUAUAAAGACUUGGGAAAGUGAUGGAGUCUUGACACUCAAAUUUAGGAAGCUGACCCCAAGUUCCACUUUGUGGAAGGGCAAGACUUUGAGAGAUACAUUACCAUUGAGAGUCCGCAAAAAUCUGUAACUUUUAAAUUGCUCAACCUUUUUUUGUGGCUUAAAAAUCUCACCAUUUAUGUAGAUAGGUGUUUUAUUCUGUGGUCUUUUGAUUCUGAAGAGAAAAUAAUCUGUUGCCCUUUAGAUACUCUUACUAAAGAUCGUAGUUUAUAAAGAUUGUAUGAUGGAACCUCCCCAGUUGUGGGAAAAAGGAAGAUGACUUUUGAUUGGGAUGGAUUUUUUUCCAGGUUUCCUUAGUAAAAUUACUCUCAGUACUGUCCAUUAUUCAUAUCAGUGUUAUAAGUACAUUGGAAUUCCCCAUUAGAGAUAUAAAAUAUAUUUUGUCUUUUUGUACUAUGUAACUCUCUUGUAUUUUAUUACGACUCCAUAUCUACAGAGACUACGAUACGUCACUGGACAAAGUGGAAAAUGUAUUGUUACUUUUUUAAAUAGUAGAGGACCAGUUAGUGUAAGAGUAUAUAUACAUUGAUGUGAAGUUUGGUUUUUUUUUUUAAUAAGUCAGAUCUAAGAUCUUAUUUCUUUAAAUUGCUUUCUCAUAUCAUUUUUGUUGUGCACCACUUCCCUUGUUACCUCUUCUGAUCAUGUAGUGAUACUAACCUUUUCUUAGUAAAGAUUUUGUUUUCAAUUGUAUAUCAAGAAUCAAUCACAAGUUUAAAUACUUUUUAUGUGCUACUUACCUUUUUAUGGCAAUGAAAAUAAACUGGAGUUUAGUUUUUUGAA